AUGAGUUUCUUUGGCAAAUUCACGACAAAAGCUAAAGGAAAGAGAGAUGUAACUGCAAAACCACUAUUCCUGACACCACCAUUCUCAACCGCCACCCUUGUCAAUGGUUCACUGCGGAAACUCGCCGUAUUGCCUGCUCAUGUGGAUUUGAAUGAAUGGCUGGCUGUGAACACAUUCGACUUUUUCAACUAUACAAACUUGUUUUAUGGAUCAAUUGCAGAGUUCUGCACGCAGAGGGAUUGUCCUGUCAUGUGUGCUGGACCAGGGAAUGAAUACUUAUGGGUCGACUCACAGAAAAAGAGCAUCAAACUACCAGCACAGCAAUACGUGGACUACGUUAUGACACAGAUACAGAAUUUGGUUGAUGACGAGACCAUAUUUCCAACCAAAGCUGGUAUGAAAUUCCCACCAGACUUCCAAAACCAGAUCCGAACUGUUUUCCGCCACCUCUUUCGAGUAUUCGCCCACAUCUUCCACUCGCACUAUGAAAAAAUCCUACAUCUCAGUGCAGAAGGACACUUAAAUACCUUAUUUGCUCACUUUAUAUGUUUCGGUCGGGAAUUUGAUUUACUAGACAAGAAGGAAUUGGGACCCAUGCAGGAAUUCAUCGCCGAGUUGGAGGCUGGUGGUAGAAUAUAG